AUGGCUUAUACCACCCAAACUCAACUGUCUAUCAUAGACACAGGCAAUACGCCACUUGAUGUGGUUGAGCCAACUCUCGAAACCAAAGAUCGAUACACAUUUGGCGUAGAACUAGAAAUGGCCAUCGCUGGUUUACAUCCCGCCCACGCCGACCCAUCACCCAACGACCCACGAUCCGUCCGUGGAGUAUUAGGUACCGUAAGAAAAGACGACUUCGGCGCGAACGAUGGCUUUGAAGUCCUCCAACACAUCGCCCAAACCCUCACUGCCGCUGGCAUCCCCGCCGAAGCCCAACCCCACGCCCGCUUCGCACCAAACUGGAAACCUCAAAACAUAUCCGCCUGGAUAGUAACCCACGACGCCAGCAUCCAAGCACCACAGAUCUACACCGCCGUCGACCCAUCAAGCGCUUACUACCACUACCACCAAAUCGAACUCAUCUCGCCCGUCUUCUUUUACAGCCACUCCGCCCUCACAGCCGUAAAAACCCUCUGCAAAACCAUGUCCUCCUCUUUCCGAAUAAACGUAAACCCCUCCUGUGGCCUGCACAUCCACGUCGGCAAGAAAUCCUCAGGUAUCCCCUUCGAAACAACACGGAACCUGCUCGCCACCCUCUUCACAUACGAAUCGCAAAUCGAAUCCAUCCACCCUCGCUCCCGCCAGAAGAACCCACUGUACUGUCCGAACCUCCGCCGUGAUUCAACGCUCAGGAAGUUAUACCCGGACCGCAAAUUCUUUCUGCAGCCGUCGUUAAGUCAUAUCCUGAAAACAACCGACAUCAUCGACCUCCACGACGCCAUCGCGCCCGCCCACGACGAAUUCGCGCGCGGCGCUUAUAGCAUCGCGAAUCUCUACCGCUCCACCAGUCUUUCCGCGCCGACGAAAAGAACAAUCGAGUUUCAGCAGCAUGAGGGCAGUGUAGAUCCGGAUGUGGUAGCCAACUGGGCACGUUUCUGUGUUGGGGUGGUGGAGUUUGCGGAUACGGUUGCGAGUGAGGAGUUGGGUGGGUUGUUGGGGGAGAGGAUUAUGGAGAGGGAAGUGGCGAUUGGACAGGUUCUGAAUGAGUUACGAAUGCCGGAUAUUGCGGGGUUUUAUGCUGGUAUUGUGAAGCAGAGGGAGGAGGAGCGGGUGAGGAGUCUGGGGGGGAUGGGGAUGAGGAGGGUAGUCUGA